AUGCCAGCCGUGGCCGGUGUGAUCCUCAGCCUCCAGAUUCGCCGCCACCUGAUGAAACGAUCCAAACGGGGGCGUAAGGGCGGCGCUGAUGUCCCGGGCGGCUGUGAGGGCGGAGGGGACGUCGCCGGCGAAAAACUCCGACCGGAAGACACGGAAGAGAAUGAAAUGACGGCUUUGGGCAAGGGAGAGCACAAGGCCACGGUGGAGUACUUGAGUCUGACGGUGCAGAGUGAAGGCAGGACGAAAAUCUUCAACAAGGUGGAAGUUCUCCAUGCGUGCGGAGUGGCAGCCGAGUCGUUCACUGCGAGGGACGACCUACGAGCGUAUGCCUAUGAGGGUGAUGGGUCAUCCGCAGGGUCGUUAUCGUCCGCAUUUUCUGGGCUGCGUGGGGAGCAGGUCGAUGAGGCGGCCACGAAACAGCUGGUGCCAUACUUUCUCGACGUCGUGGAUCUCAUCAAAAACCUCCCGGAGGCGACGAGGUCUCCAACACUGCAGACGAGAUGUAGGGCGAAGGUGCAAAAUGUCUGCGAUAAUACGGAGCCGCAGAAACAGACGGACGAGGACACAAUGGGGACGCAGUCGAUGGCCCUCCAGCCGCUCGCUUCUCAGACAGAUGUCACACCCGCCGAUGGGAAGACUUCUGCAACUUGCAUCUCCGUCUCUCCCGGCUUUUCGGCUUCAGAAGUGUCUCCCAAGCCUCCGGAGACCGAUUUGACUGGUGCGGUAAAUCGGAAAACAACAUAUAGUGUCAAUGAAGAUUCUAAUCACAGAACUCAGCCUGGAUCGAAGGCGAAGAGGGCUCAGAGACGUGAUGAUGGUGGCUGGCACGAAGCGACCAAAGUCUUGUGAUUUUUAUCUUUUGUGAAAGAAGCUUUUUUUUGAGGGUUCAUUGUUUCAUUCGUGAAUAUUAUGAUGCUAAAUAGCCAUUCAUGAUAGAGAAUGAUAUGAAAUGAUAUGAAAAUGGUAGUACUGACUAUUCAAGAAGACAGUGUGACAGACCGGUUUUGGUAAUAAUGGCUAAGGAUGUGGCGAGUGCUUAACAGAUUUCAUUUCCAAAGGUAUGAGUUAUAGAUUCAAUUCACACGUAAGAAUUCAGAGAUCACGGAAACGUUAUAGAAAAUU